AUGAAUCUGUUGGAUAUGAGUAUCAAGUUUGUGGAGGGAAUCAAUUUAUUUCUACGCCAGGAGAGCCAUGACCUGAAUGGCCUGGAAAUAGAAAGGCUGGUCCAAAGGAUUGAAGAGAUCCAGCUACUCGUAAAGGACUCGGAAGAUAGGUUCAAACGGAUUCUUGAGAGUAUUGAAGUGGAGGAGAGCAUUAGGCCAGACACCAUUGUGGCCAUAACAAAAAACAAGAAGCCACUUUGUAUUUUAGGAAAAGAGAUAGUCAAGCCAAGAAUAGAAAGUAUUGAUGCAGAAAACAUCGACUGCUGCCACACACCGUCAUUCGGAGAAUUCAAGGCAUUUUCAAGUACUGUGUAUGUAAAGACACUCGAUCAGUUAUUGGAUAUGGACAAAACUAUUACGCAGGCUGCAAUAGAGAUGUUUGACCAUUCAUAUAGGUCGUACGAAGGGUUUACAUGCUUUAUCUCUGUUGGCGAUGCAAAGGGCAACGUCUACAUAAUAGAUGCAAUAAAGUUCAGAGCAGCCAUUUCCAGGCUUGAAUUGCUCAAAUGUCACGUCCCAAAGAUAAUACACUGCAGGGCUUGUGUCGAGAGGCUUCUCAGAGACUUUAGGCAGGUCGGGUGCUUUAGAAGUUAUGAAAUCUCUCCGAAAAUGGUUUUUAUCGAUUGGAGAAUACGUCCUGUUCCAGGGUUUCUUCUUGAGGUUUUAUUCAAAGGCGUCCAUGAAAUAAGAGAAAUGGCUGCCAGUGGUGUUGAAAUGAAGGUCUACUGCAGCAAAGAGAUCGAUGAGACAAAGGACAUGGCUUCAAGAUAUGGUAUCUCUGAAGAUGAAGAGAUUCUUGAGAAUCUUUUGAAGCUAAGAAGGUUUCUUGCAAGAAGUAACGACGAAUCUGUCCACUAUGUCAUGACUGACGAUCAGGUUGUAAGGCUGUUGAAGGCCAAGCCAACCACACAGGAAAAGAUGGUUGAGGUGCUGAAAAGGCUUUCUCCUCUGGCAAGGCAGCAUAUAAUGGACUUCAUACUCCUAUUCAGCGGCAGUAAGAAAAGCUUUCUAUUAAAAGAUCUCAUGGAGCCAAAUCAAGAAUGA